GUCCGCACCCUGUACGCGACGAUUCCGAAAUUCAGGCUUUUGCUCGGUCCCGCCCUAUAUGCAGUAUGUUGAGGUGUCACAGGUAUAAAGCAGGUUUCGUAUUAGCUAUUGCUGCGCUCAGUUUCGUGUCUUCCGUUGCUGCUCAGGCUACGGCUCCUGAAUGGGGACAAUGUGGUGGUACAGGCUGGACAGGCCCAACAGCAUGCCCAGAGGGGUGGGCGUGUACCGUCUCUAACCCGUACUAUUCCCAGUGUCUUCAGGGCGCUGCCCCUUCGGCCCCAUCUUCACCACCUUCUACCACGUCUGCCCCCACCGGCGGUGGAGGCUCCCCAACCACGACCUCGUCUGCGCCUAGCGGUACAACAACUCUCCUACCUGGAAAUUCCUUCAUUCGUGCAGUGGAAGAUCCGAACUUCCACAAGUACCUCCAGUCCGAAGUCCUGGGUACAGCUUCUGACGCUGUCCUUGGUGAACCUGGAAAUGCAGCUCAAUUCCAGAUUACUGGCGGCCAGUUAAUACAACUCGUCCCAGAUGGCACCAAGCUCUACGCCCAGGUCGAGGAUCGAUCCGGUCCCUCAGUUAUGAAGCUUAAAGUGACUUGGGCCACGACCCCGGCACCUGCGGGAACAUUCCAGUUCUCCGGAGACACCGUCGAAUGGAGUAUCCCGACCAUCAGCAGACCGCAGCUCAACGCGUGGCUUAUUUGCCCUGACUCAGCCGGAAACCGAGAUCUCUAUGUCAACCUUGGGCCUUACUCCUAUCAGACUCCGGCCGGAUGUGCAGAUGAGACGAUUCAUGCUUACACGGGCGCGACAGCGACACCUUGAGGAUACUUUGCGUUGUACUGUAGUCCAGUUUGCAGAAAGUUAAUAUUAAUAACUAGUUUUUGUCCCC